AUGAAGGCCCUCCCAGCAAAUCUCCAACGCUGGACACCCAAGCAUAUCUCCUGUAUGACAGGUGUGGGCAAAUUCUUGGCCAUUUGGAACCGUUCAUCAAAGAGCUCUUGCCCCAGAUGCUCGUCCUGCCCGGUGGAAGAUCACCUUCAUGUCCCACGCUGUUCUGCUCCUACUGCAGCUGCAGAAUGGUUGAAACGCCAUCUGGCCUUCCGGACCUGGAUGCAGACUCAGAAGACCGCCCCAGGGAUUGAAGCCUUCCUCUUUGAAUACCUGAAGACCGUCCGCCAGCCUUCCCUGGGCGUUCCCACCGUCCGAACCUGGUCCCGCCGUCCCCACCUCUUCCGAAGUGCCAUCUCCUCCCAGGCCAAGCUUGAGGCCCAGGGCCUCCUGGAAGGCCUAUUGUCCCACAAAUAG